CAAGAAUGAGUGAUAAUCGUAUGUGAAUGUACGCGAGAUACAAUGAUCGUAUUGCAUUUGAAACGGGGCUUGAGAGUUUCCUUGAGUGGGCGUGAAAUCAAACGGCGUACACAGAUGGACAAGGUAACAUUAGGUGCCCGUGUAAGAAGUGCAAGAAUCAAGCGUAUUUAGAUGUACCUACGGUCAGAAAACAUGUUAGUAGGCGUGGAUUUGUCCUGAAUUACACAAAUUGGGUUUCUCACGGGGAAGCACCGCUGUAUAUGCCGAGAGAACAUGUUAUAAUGGACGAGGAUGAUGGAUUAUACAAUAACUACGAAAGGAUGGUGCAUGACCAUGCUGGACCUAGUAAUUAUCAAGAUCCUCCAAAUCUGGAGCAGCCGCCCAAGAAUUGACGCCGAGGUUCGUCGACUUGCCGCUGCCACAGGACGAGAGCACCGGCUAGAUGAGGUGUAUUUGGAUGUGGUGCAGCCGGAUAGGUCACGGAUCUACGGCAUCGGGAGUGCCGGGCAGAGCCAGGCUAGUAGGGGGUCUAUCCGUAGCACAUGCACUUCUGCGGUGUCUCAGCAGCUUUAUGAGACACGGAUCUCCACGCUGGAGAAGCGAUUGGCUGCAGAGCAAGCUGAACGACAAGCCAUGCAGGAGCACAUGGCUCAAAUGGAGCAGUUUAUGAGGAUGUAUAGUGGUCAGCGAGCUCCAUCCCCUGAUGCCGAUGAUGAUGAUGAUGAUGCUUAUGACUCUCCCUGAUGAUGA